AUUGUUUCUUAUUGAUAGAGGAUAAAUUGUCAUUAGCAAAAAAAAACAAUCACCUUAAACCAAAUCAAGUUAAUGGUAAAUAAAAAUUGAACCAAAUCAAUUGUUCGUCUAAUUUUUGUGAUGACAAUUAAAAUUCUCGUUAAUUGUGAUCAAUCUCCAAGUGGAAAAAUUUUAAUCCGAUUUUCAAUUUUUUCUCGUUCUUCUUCCUGAUCACCCUAACCCAUCCCAACCUCAUCUUCAUCCUCAUCCUCAUCUUCAUCUCCAUCCUGAUCAUCAUCCUUAUUCCAGUGCAUCAUUAAGCAUCAUCAUGAUUACUCCCACUUCCUAACAGUUAAUUAACUAUUUAUGAAAACAAGAAAAACAAAUGACAAUUAACAAAUUUUUCAAAAUGAUAUGUCAAUGAGCUGUUGAAGAUUAGGUUGACAAUAUUUUUCUAAUGAGAAAACAACAAGAAUCAGAGAGAAAGAAAAGAAAGAAAAGAAAGAGCAUGAUGAGAACGUGCGUGCGUGCGUGCGUGCUAAAGAUGAAGAUGAUAUUGAUUCGUAAACUAAAUAGAGCGAAAUAAUAUCUCGUUAUUAUUCAUUGUUCAUUUCAAAACGAUUCUUUUACCAAUAGAUAUCGCAUGUUCCUCCUUAACCUCCUCCUCUCUCACCUCCUUCUUAUCUCCAUCCCUUUCCUCUCCGCCAUCAUCACCCCCUUCAUGUCAUCAUCUUCAUCGACAACAACAACAACAACAACGACAACAACUUCAUCUCCUUUUAUAUAUUAUCAUUAUAAUAAAACUACCUAAUGAUGGGAAUACCUGUAAUAAGCAUUGAAGCGAAGUGGAAAAGGGAAAUGGAUAAACAAACUUUGGAUGAAAACAAUAUGCCCAAGGGUAUUAACGAACUCAACUGGAAGGUCAAGGAUAAUAUCGUUAUUUCCGGUAUUUCUGGACGUUAUCCCGAUUCGGAUGAUGUCGAGGAGUUCUGGUCAAACCUUAUGAACGGAGUUCCACUUUAUACUGCUGAUGAUAGACGAUGGCCAAUAGGUUACCUUGGAACACCAAAAAGAGCUGGAAAAAUCCGUGAUAUCUCAAAAAUGGACUCGGAGUUUUUUGGAAUCACCGAUAGAGACGCAAAUCAAAUGGACCCUCAGAUCAGAAUAUUUCAUGAGGCCGUUUACGAAGCCGUUUGGGAUGCAGGUAUUAACCCUGACGAUCUUCGUGGUAGUCGAACUGGAGUAUUUUUUGGUUUAUGUUACGACGAUUCCUCUCGAGCGCUAACCCAAGAUGAAUCAGCAUCAGUUGCUUUUCUUCAAUUAUCUACAUCGAGAGUAUCUUAUUCUCUUGACCUUCGAGGCCCCGUAGCUCAGGUCGAUUCUGCUUGUGCAUCAUCUUUUUCCGCCUUUUGUGCUGGAUUAUCCGCCAUGAAGGCAGGUGAAUGUGAUAAUUGUAUCGUUGGUGGUGUCACCGUACAAUUAAGUCCAUCUAUUUCACAAUGUUUCCGUGCUCUUAGUAUGUUAUCCGAUGAUGGUAUUCCAAAAUGUUUGGACGCCAAAGUUGACGGUUAUUGUCGAGCUGAAGCUGUGGUUGCCAUCCUAUUACAACGAGAACCUGAUGCUCGUCGUAUCUAUGCCACCAUUUUAAAUUGUCGUACCAAUACCGAUGGUUUUAAACCGGAAGGUAUUACCUUUCCUCGAUUUAAACUUCAACAUUCACUGAUGAAACAAGUUUACGAAGAGGCUAAAAUCAACACUGAUGAUGUUGAAUAUAUUGAAGCUCAUAUGACCGGUACUCCAGCCGGUGAUCCAAUUGAAUCGGAGGCCAUUAUAUCCGGUUUAAGAGGUAAAUCAACUAAACCGAUACUCUUUGGUUGCCUUAAAUCAAACAUGGGCCAUACCGAAGGAGCCUCAGCACUUUGUUCAAUCACCAAAGUUGCCAAAAUAUUUCAAACCGGUUGGAUUCCGCCCAAUCUAAAUUUCAACGACCCCAAUCCAAAUAUUCCUGGACUUGCCAAGGGAAUUAUCAUUCCAGUGCUUAAACAAACUCCCUUCCAGGGUAAUAUUAUCGGUGUUAAUUCAUUUGGUUUUGGUGGUGUCAAUGUUCAUGCUGUUCUCGAGGCAAACAAAAAACGCUGCAAUCCCGAUUCUUAUAUUAUUGACUCGCCAAUCCCAAGAUUGGUCAAUGUUUCAAAUCGUACAACUCAAGGAGUUCAAUUUAUGCUUGACACUUUACAAUCUAAAUUGUCCAACAAAACUUUAACUCGUGAAUAUUUGGCCUUACUUAAUAAAGUAUCUUACUCUCCACCCGAACGAGGUCUUCGUCAUCGUGGCUAUGCUGUUAUCGAUAAAGAUGAAAUUGUUCGUAAAUCAAGUAAACGAACCGAUUCCAAACAACCUCUUUGGUUCAUCUUUUCACCUCUCGGAUCUCAAUGGGGUGGAAUGGGCAUCUCUUUGAUGCAGUUACCCGUUUUUGCUGCGAAAAUGGAAAAAUUAACCAAAGUAUUAGAACCAUUUAACAUUGACCUUAAAUCACUGAUCUGUGAUCCCGACAAUAAGGAUAUUUUUAAAUCUGUUAUCCAUGCAAUGGCUUCAAUCGUUGCCAUUCAAAUUGGUUUGGUUGAUGUACUCCGAUGGCUUGGAAUUGAGCCCGACGGUAUUUUGGGCUAUUCUUUCGGUGAAAUUGCUUCCGGUUACGCUGAUGGUUGUCUAACCGAUGAACAAGCAGUUCUGGUUGCCUAUUGGGUCGCCAAAACAGUGCCCGAAAGUCAAACUGGACCAGGACGAAUGGUUAAUCUUGGACUUACCUGGGAUGAGGUGUGUAAAAUUGUACCACCAGGUAUCGAAGCGGGUUGUUCCAACACCAAAAAUAAUACAACCGUUUCCGGUGAUGCUAAAGCUUUCCCCAAGUUUUUGGAUGAACUUAAAUCACGUAACGUUCCCAUGGUUGAGGUUGAAUCUUGUCAGACUGCUUUCCACUCCUCAUUCAUUGCCUCCGGUUACGAUAAAUUGAUUGAACAUUUUAGUAAAGUGAUCACUGAACCUAAACUACGUUCUCACCGGUGGAUAUCUUCAUCAGUUCCAGAUGAAGAGGCAGGUCAGGAUAGGUAUCGAUUCUGUACCCCUCACUAUUAUGCUAAUGCUGCAAUUAAUCAGAUUCGUUUCUAUGAGCGAAUCAAAUUGUUACCCAAAAACGCGUGUUUCCUUGAACUCGCCCCAACUACUACCCUUUUACCUCUCAUUAGAGAAACUGCCGGUGCCGAAGGUUCAUACGUUCGUCUUUCAGAUAAAUCAUCUACCGGACUUAUUCCCCUUCUCUCUGGCCUUGGUGACAUUUAUAAAUCAGGUCAUAAUCCGUUAAUUGAGAAACUUUACCCGAAAGUCGAGUUUCCCGUUCCUCGUGAAGUUGAACCAAUUUCACACCUUAUUAAAUGGGAUCAUACAAAAUCUUAUCUUGUUGCCAAAUAUCCAGAAUAUCAAACAAGUGAAGCGGUCAAUGUACGUCACACAUUUGACCUUAACUCACCUUCGGAUAAAUAUUUAAGUGGACAUACUAUUGAUGGUCGUAUCCUUUUCCCAGCUACUGGAUAUAUGUACCUUGUCUGGCAUCAAAUUUCCCGUCUCAAUGGAUCUGAUACAAUUGUCGAACUGAAAAAUGUUAAACUUCAUCGGGCUACUCUUGUAACUCGUAACAGUCCCGUUGAGUUUAGUAUCUUUUUAAAUGAAAAAAUUGGUACAUUUGCCGUUUGUGAAUCUGAAAGUGUUGCUUGUACCGGUAAUUACUCUUUAGGCUCACCUUAUAGCCAAUUUAAUUAUACUGAAAUGGGAAAAUCACCUACCGAUCCAAAUGCUGUCUCUUUGGAUGCUAAAUCAAUUUAUAAAGAAUUUCGAGUUCGUGGUUAUGAUUAUGGUAGUACCUUUCAAGGUGUCGUCGAAGCGAUGUCCGAUGCUUCGGUUGCUAAAAUCCGUCGACUUGAACAUUUCAUUUCUCUCGCUGAUUGUGUCCUUCAUGUUGCCAUUCUGGCCAACCCGUUGCGUGAACUAUUUUUACCAACUCACUUUGAAUAUGUUAGGUACGAUCCUCGAGUUUUAUUCAAAGCUUUCGAGACCAGUGCUGACUCAUUGAAGGAAGUUUACUUCGAUCGGUAUUCUAACAUCAUAUCCACUGAAGGUCUUGUCAUCAAGGGUAUGAAGGGUGACACUGCCCCUAGAAAAGUUGGCAAUCAACAAGUUACCCUCGAAUCAUAUGAUUUCCAACCUUACGAUGGUGCUUAUGCUACUCCAAUUAAAGAUCAUUCCCUUAACGAAUACGUUGAUCUAUGUGAUACCCUUUGGUCAAAUUUAACUGGACCUGAUUCGACUUUGAUUGACGAUCUACCCAAAGAAAAAAGUGAACGAAUUAAAGCAAUUCUCGAAAUCGAUUCGAGUAAAAAUGGUUUACUCAACACUCUCAACGAAUUGAUUGUCAGUGAAAAUGAGAAGAAACAAUUGAAUAAUGGAGAACCCGUUGUCGGUGAACCAAUAAAAGAUACUAUCACUCGACAUCUCACAACGAACAUUGAUAAAUUAACCGAGGACAAGUUGCUAAAUAUUCAUGAUUUAGCCGGACUUUUAAGAUUCCACAUGGGAAUUGUCGAGGAAAAUGUAAACUCGACCGUAAUUAACAUAGUGGAAGUUAAUUUAAGUCAAAACGCAAUUUACUCCGUCUUAUCUGGAGCCUUACCAAUCUUAAUGAAUCGAAUUGCUAAUUACACUUUAGUUACUCCUAAUAACGAUUGUGCAAGUUUCCGCCGAAGCCAAAGAAAAGUUCAUCAUUGGUCUCCCGAAAAUGGACUUCCAGAACUUCCCCGUCUGAAAUUGUCCUUUAUGUUGAACCUUCUUGUGAUCUUUUACAUUCGGCUCUUGAACCAGUGCCGUCAAUCAAUUCAGUUGAACUGUUAGCGAUUUGCUGAAACUUUAAACGCUCAAGGUUUUGUCUUGAUUCUCACUCGAUCAUCUAUUUCACCGUUGGAGGAAAAGAUCACCGACUAUAUGGGACAAAAAGAUAGUGACUGGAAUACCACAGAUACUUGCCGAUACAAGGAUAUUCUUGACCGAACUGGUUUUACUUUGAUAGCUUCCCAGUGGACAGAUUCUGGUUGGCGGUCACUUUUAAUUAGGAAAAAAUUAUCCUCAUCUGCAAUUAAAUCUCGUAUCGUUGAUACCUCAAUUCAUGACUUUGGCUGGGUUGAAACAUUGAAGAUCUUACUUGAAGAUCAGGCUUAUAAUCGUAUCUGGUUACGAGCCAAUUCCCGAUUAACUGGAUUAGUUGGUAUGGUUAAUUGUAUCCGUCGUGAGCCAAUCGGUGCUAAAUUACGCUGUUUAAUUACUGAAGGUGAUGAGAUUAGUAAUGAAACCGACUUACUCUUUGAUAAAUUUGAAUUAGCGGAGAAAGAUUUAGUUAUGAAUAUUCUGGAUGGGUCAAGUUUAGGCUCGUAUCGACACACCCUGAUUGACUCAAAAGAAAAAUGGAUCACAGCUAAUUACACAUACGCUGAUUUUAUUGUCCGAGGUGAUUUAUCGUCCGUCCGUUGGUUACAAUCACAGCUCAACUUUAGUAAAGAAGCUCCAACUGAGCUUAAUGGUAUUCCCGUUCAUAAGAUUAACCUUUAUUAUUCUGCAAUCAACUUUAAGGAUGUUAUGGUGGCUUCAGGUCGUAUUCCGACCAACGCUUAUCCCAAAUCAUUAACAAGAUAUGGACUUGGAUUUGAAAUUGCUGGUAUCACUGAAGCAGGUCAACGAAUCGCUGGAAUGGCCUCAGGCUCGGGAAUUUGUGAUUCUUUCGUUGAUUAUUCUUGUAACUUUAUAGUAAAGGUUCCUGAUUCAUGGUCACUUCGAGAUGCUGCCAGUAUACCAGUUGUUUAUUAUACGGCCGUUUAUGGUCUCAUAAUACGUGGUCGUUUAGCUCAAGGUGAACGAGUCCUUAUUCACGCUGGUUCAGGAGGUGUUGGUCAAGCUGCGAUUAAUAUCGCUCUUGGUAUGGGUUGUGAGGUUUUCACUUCUGUUGGUACUCCAGAGAAACGUGAAUAUAUUAAGAAACUAUUUCCAGCUCUUGAUGAUCGACACAUUUGCCACUCUCGAAACACAUCAUUUGAGGAGCAAAUCCUUCGAGAAACUAAUGGUCAUGGUGUUGAUGUCGUUCUUAAUUCACUUUCAGAGGAUAAAUUCCUCGCUUCAAUAAGAACCCUAGCAGAAAACGGACGUUUCAUUGAGAUCGGUAAAUACGAUAUCAUUCAGAACAAUAAAAUCGAUCUCAGUCUCUUCACUAACAACAAAACUUGUCAUGUUGUUUGUUUGGCUCAUCUUCAAGAUGAUGUUUGCAAUGGAUGUGUCAAAUCACGAGGAAUGACUGAAACUUGUCGUCGUUGGAUUGAAGAAGGACUUGAAAAUGGUUCAGUUCGACCUAUUGAUACAACCGUAUUCGAACGAGAUCAAAUUGAAGAGGCCGUCCGAUACAUGGCCGCAGGUAAACACACUGGAAAAGUUUUGAUCAAAAUUCGAGAUGAGGAAACUGAACCAGUUCCAAUUGUCAAACCUUAUCCGUGUUUGGCUCGAGUUCAUUUUGACCACACAAAGACUUACAUAAUCACCGGUGGUCUUGGUGGUGUUGGUCUUGAAUUGGCAUAUUGGAUGGCUGAUCGAGGCGCUGCCCGAAUUGUUUUAACCUCACGUUCAGGAGCCGUUACAGGUUACCAAAAAACGUCCAUUCAACGAUUGAAAAAAGAAAUAAUUUACUCUUAUGGAGAGGUUAUUGUCUCAACAAACACCGCUCUGACUGAAGAGUCGACUCGUGCUUUAUUUGCCGAAGCGGCUGAACUUGGGCCAAUCGGUGGUAUCUUUAAUUUAGCUAUGGUCUUAAAUGAUGCUCUCUUUGAAAAUCAAACAGUCGAAACUUUUGAAAAAGUUUGUGCUCCAAAAGUAAAGGCCACUCUUUUACUUGAUUCACUUUCUCGACAACUCUGUCCCGAGUUGGAUUAUUUUGUUUGCUCAUCUGUCGCAUCGGGUAAGGGUAACGCUGGACAGUCCAAUUAUGGAUUCGCCAAUUCAUUUAUGGAAAGAGUUUGUGAGGCUCGAAGAGCUGAAGGUUACCAUGGAAUGGCCAUCCAAUGGGGAGCCAUUGGCGAUGUUGGUGUUGUCGCUGAACAUUUAGGUGGUAAUGAUAUAAUUAUUGGCGGAACUUUACCCCAACGAAUUCCCUCCGUCUUAUCAACCAUGGACACUUUCCUAACCUCUGAUUAUACAACAUGUUCAUCAAUUGUUAUCGCUGAUUCCAAACGAACAAGUUCAAGUGUCAAAGAGUCACCAUUUAAAAUGAUCUGUCAUAUUCUUGGUGUUAAAGAUCCUUCAACUCUUGAUCCAUCAACUACUCUCGGUGAACUUGGUAUGGAUUCACUGAUGGCCGUUGAAAUUAAACAAGCCCUUGAACGGGAUUACGAUGCAAUUCUUACCGCCCAAGAGAUUCGUAAUCUCAAGGUUAAAGAUAUCAAAGAACUUUGUCUUUCCGGAAGUAAAAACAGUCCAACAACUGAAGGAGAAACAGAUAAAACCGAUGAUACCAAAGCGCUGGCUGAAGUUUACCAAGAGCCUGAGGGUCUAUUUACCACUCUCACCUCUCAUAAUGGAAAAGUUGUCUUCUUUUUCCCACCCAUUGAGGGUAAUUACAAUCUCAUGUUACCUUUGACCCGAAUUUUAUCCCGACCAAUUGUUGGUGUCAAUUGGACAAAAGAUUUGGACACAUUUGAAACGAUGCAAGAAGCUGCAGCCUUUUAUGUUGAUAAAAUUGUUGAAAAUUUCCCCACUGAAGAUCAAUAUGAUUUUGUUGGUUACUCUUUUGGUGCACUUUUAGCUCUUGAAGUCUCCAUACAAUUAAGUUCUCGAAGGAAACAAUCAGCUGUCAGUCGAUUGGUAAUGUUAGAUGGAGCACCCGAUUACCUGAGAUCACAAUUAGAUGAGAUGAUUGAGAAAUAUGGUUCCAUGGAUGAAGCCAUGGCCCAAGCGGAAACACUAAUCAAUUACGCUGCUUCAUUCAUCCCAUUAGAUGAACUUAAUAAAUUUAAAGAGCAACUUUUCCGCCUCGAAUCUCAAAGUGAACGAAUCAAAUUGAUGGAAGUACUUUUGGGUCAUCAUCUUUCCUCUGGUACCAAAAAAGACUCACUCAUUUUGGCCACUGAUCGACACUUCCGGAAAAUGAAGAUGGCCCAUACAUACCGACCUUCCGGUUGUCUUGAGACCUCAAUCAAUUUGAUUAGAGCAUCAAAUCGUUACUUAACAACCGUUUAUGAGGAAGAUUACGGAUUAUCUAAACUUUCGAAAAAUAAAAUCCUGGUCAACAUCAUAGAUGGUGAUCAUCGAAGCUUUUUAAGCCACAAUUCCAGUGAAAUUGGUAUUUUAUUGGACAAUUUCCUCACCUAUGUUUGUGCUUAAUCAAUUGGCUAACAAUUAACUCUCCACAAUCAACAAAUCAAACGCAAUAAUUGAAUCAGAGAGAUAUUUACAAGGAGCAAUUAAAACCUUUUCCCUGGUACAACAAAAAGUUAAACAUAAUUAUAAAAAAAUGACAUAAACACAAAAGAAACUGAAAAAAUAACAAUUAAAAUUGAUUAAAUUGUAACUAAUCAAUUAUUAUACUUGA